AUGAAGCCACGGCUCGCAAUUCUUCCAAUGUUUGCCUUGCUUUAUGUGACUUUUCUCGUCGAUUAUGUCGUCCUGUUUGUUUUUGAGUCAUUACCUUUUUUGGAUAAAUGGGCUUCUUCCUUUCGUAAUUUCAUCAACAACGAACUAAAUAGAAGAGAUAUGGCAACGACUACUGACGUUAAUACAUCGGGUAAUGCCACAAAUGCUGCGGAAAAUGCACCAUCGAGAAUAAUCAAAAUCAAGUCAAAUGACGACCAAAUUUUCGAAAUCGACCAAGGUGUAGUCGAACAGUCUUCAACUAUAAAAACAUUGGCUGAAUUGGUGGAUGUUGGCGAUGUACCUAUUCCUCUACCUAAUGUGAAGGCGUCCAUCCUUGGUCCAAUUGUUGAAUACUGCAACCAUCACAAGAACGAUCAAACACCAGAAUCCACCGAAGAAGACGAGGAUGACGAUCCAAACAAGGAUAUCUACGAACCAAAACGUUCCGACGAUAUCAGCGAAUGGGACCAGAACUUUAUCAAACAGUUUACCGUCUCCGAAGGUACACUAUUUGAUGUUAUCAUGGCGGCUAACUACUUAGGUAUCAAAACAUUGCUAGCUGUUGGUUGUAAAACAAUUGCCAAUAUGGUUCGUGGAAAAUCAUCAAGCGAAGUUCGAGAAUUAUUUCACAUUUCGUACGACCCACCUGGUGAAGGCAUCAAUGCUCCAGAAGCCAUCGAAGGACAAGCAGGAACAGUUCCAACGACACAAAAUCCCGAUGCCACCGGCCCUUCACCGCAGCCAGAUCCCAUGAAUCACUAG